UAGAUAAAGGAGAUAUCAAAUACCAAGAUUCAUUUUGGUUUAGAGGGGUAAAGAUAACAAAAAAACAAUUGAAAUCUGGUGUAGAAUUGAAAGAAGAAGUGCAGCCAUGGGCAGGUGUUGGUUUUAUCAAGUCAAGAAAAUUACCAUUUUGGGCAGUAGUGAUUGAGACGGAUUUGGAUACUUUUCUCCAAAAAAAUCACGAUAAAUUGGUGUUGGUGAAAUUUUCAACGACUUGGUGUCCGCCUUGUCGGGUGCUACAAAAAAAUAUUCAGGAAUUGAUGGCAGAAUUGGAAAAAUCGGCCGCACCAAAAAAAGAUUUGUUGGUGCUGGAGGUGGACGCAGAAAAGUUUCCUCGGCUAGCCCAGAGAGAACAAUUUCGC